CACAAUACAUCAGCUGACUGGGAACGAGAAAGAGGAAGUACCGUUACUACAUUCAUCCAUAUUCAGCUGUGACCAUGAAGAAGAGCAAAGGCAAGGCAAGCAGCAAUGCUGAGAAGGAGUUUGUAUUCGAGUUCAGGGCAGGAAAACACAGCUGUGUCCUCAAAGUGCCCCUGCAGUUUCCUGUUCAGGAGAACAUCAGUGACCUCCAUGGACGCCUGAUGCUUCUGCAUAAAAUACCCUGCUAUUUAGAAAGUGAACUAAAAAACUCACUUUCCAGUUUCGUGGAGGAGGAGACAAUUCUGGAUUAUGACAGAGAGGCAGAGCUGGCCCUGCAGAGACUCACAACAGGAGAUGUAGAUGUAAACAAGCUUGCCAAUGCAUGGAGCAGGUCUUAUGUAGAGACUACACUGGAACAUGCUCGGCCUGAAGAGCCCAGUUGGGAUGAGGACUUUGCCAAUGUGUACCAUGAGUUGAUCCACUCCCCUGCCUCAGAUACUCUCCUCAACCUGGAGCACAACUACUUUGUUAGCAUCUCUGAGCUCAUCAGUGAGAGAGAUAUGGAAAUUAAGAAGCUUCAAGAGAGGCAAGCAACAGAAAUGGACAAAGUCAUGCAUGAGCUCGGGAACACAUUGAGUGACCAGGAUGUAAAUGCAGUAGCCUCUCAACACUUUGAUGCACAGCAGGUCCUGGAGAACAAGUGGGCCAGUGAGCUGAAGCAAGUGACAGGCAUUCAAAAGCACGAGUAUCAAGAAUGGGUCGUCAAACUGCACCAGGACCUGCAGAAAUCCAGCAACAGCAGCAAAAUAAAUGAGGAGAUUAAGGUGCAGCCCAGCCAGCUGUCAGAAGCUACAGAUUCGGGUGCCAGGAUGUUUGAGGAGCAGCCUCAGCUGGAGGAGAGCUUCACCAUACACCUCGGAGCACAGCUAAAAACGAUGCACAACCUGCGACUGGUCCGAGCAGACGUGCUGGACUUCUGUAAACAUCGGCGACACGGCAGCAGUGGAGCCAAGCUGCGGCGGCUACAGACGGCGCUUUCACUGUACUCCUUCUCACUCUGCGGUCUGGUGCUCCUGGUCGACAACAGGGUCAACUCCUACAGUGGCAUCAAGAGAGACUUUGCAACUGUGGCAAAGGAGUGCACAGAUUUCCACUUCCCCUGUCUAGAGGAGCAGCUGGAGGAGGUGCAGCAGGUGGUGCUCUAUGCCAGAGCCCAGCGGAGCAGCAAGCAGAAAGACCAACCUGAGACUCAAAGGAACGGAGGUGACGAUAAGAGCAAAAAUGUUGAAAGAAAUCCCUCUAAUAUCUUACCAGGUGAGUUCUAUAUCACACGGCACUCCAACCUGUCAGAGGUCCAUGUCGUCUUCCAUCUGUGUGUGGAUGACAACGUCCGUUCAGGGAACAUCACCGCCCGGGACCCGGCUAUCAUGGGCUUGAGAAACAUCCUCAAGGUGUGCUGCACACAUGACAUCACCACCGUUACCAUCCCUCUGCUGCUGGUCCACGACAUGUCGGAGGAGAUGACCAUACCGUGGUGUCUUAAGAGGGCAGAGCUGGUAUUCAAAUGUGUCAAAGGUUUUAUGAUGGAAAUGGCUUCAUGGGAUGGAGGUGUGUCACGCACAGUCCAGUUUCUAGUGCCAAAGAGUAUUUCAGAGGAAAUGUUCUACCAGUUGAGCAACAUGCUGCCACAGAUCUUCCGCGUCUCCUCUACCCUUACUCUCACCUCGAAGCACUGAUUGGUUGCCAUGCCUCCUCAGGUCAUUCAGGCAAAUGGAGAUACUUAUUUUAAAGACAUCAACAAGUAACGUCUUGUUUUGUUUUUUUUCAGGAAACUAAUAUUAAGAGAGAUUUAUUGAAAUGACGGAUAACUUAAGUUAUGGUGGCAUUAUCGCACUUACAGUCAAGGUGGAAAAAAAAGGAUUUUUACAUGAAUUUGAUGAACUUUCUGAUUAUUGCGCCUUCCAAAGCUACUUGCUCUGUAAAUACAUGUGACUGAAAGAGGACUGGAUUCACAGGCACACUAAAACAGCUGCUGCAAUUAUCAUUUUGAGUCUCCAGGGUGUGGUUCUGGUGACAGCUACAUUAGCUGCCAGGACUGCAGAUAUUCCAGUUUUCCUUUUUAAAUCUGUGACUUUGUUCAUGUUCAAGCUACAGCAGCAGCUGUUUCAAGUUAGUACACACUGAAAAUGCAGACAACCAAGCAGAUAAAUACAUUUGUAAAUACAGUAAAGUGGUUGAAUGGAACUGAAAAAACUUGCAACUUCCAAAAUGUGACUUUUUAUGUUUUCACCACACAUAACUUUACUUUUUUUCUUUUCUUUAAACAGUAUGUUGAUUAUUAAAAACAUCACCAAUCUGGGCUCAAACUUGAAUAUUAGAUUUGAUGUUGACAUCUUAUUUAUUUCUUCAAGAAUUUCUCAUGAUGAUAGAUGAUCUUACAGUUCACCCAUCAAAUGAGAUUUAGCAGUCUGAUGUGGUGCUCUGGCUUCAAGUUGGGGGUGGGAGGGUGCUGUCAAAAGACGUGACACGGACUUGACUCUUUUAGUCCUAAUGACAGAUUGCUUUGCUAUUCAUAUGAGCAGUGUGCUGGUGAUUUUUGUACUGCAUUGCAGAGAGUUGUGGCGACUGCCACUAACUCUCUGUGGGAUUGUGUGUGAAUGUGCUUGGUCCCCCUCACCCCCACCCCCACCCGAGUAACAGCAGAUGGCACUAUUCCUAAAGACAAAAAUGUGAAAUAAGGAUCAGUGUACGUGAACACUUUGCUUAUCAGAGGUAAGGUUUUGCCUAUGAAAAUUCAUCUCAAGCCAUUCUAAGAGGGAUACGGCACUGAAAGCACAGCUCAAUUGUUGUGUUUUAUGUUACACACUCAAAUGUGUACUCCGUAU